AUGCUCAGGCUUAUCAAUACGAUUGGACCAGGAGAGCGCAUCUCGCUGGCUAAGUUGGCAAUCACACACUUGGAGCGGACGGCGAGACCUAUCCGCAUCGCAGUCGAUAUCUCCAUUUGGCUCUUCCAGGUUCAAGCUGGUCGCGGUGGAAGAAACCCAGAGCUUCGCACGCUCUUCUUCCGCCUCUUGAAGCUCCUCGCAUUGCCUGUCCACCCCCUUUUCGUUUAUGAUGGGCCACAUAAGCCAGCUUUCAAGAGAGGGAAGGCGGUAUCCGCUCGCAGCUACGGAAGUGCGCCGAUCAUUAGACGAUCCAAAGAUCUUCUUGAGCGGUUCAGAUUCCCCUGGCACGAAGCGCCGGGUGAGGCUGAGGCUGAAUGCGCGCGUCUCCAGCAGGCAGGCAUCGUGGAUGCUGUGAUGAGCAACGAUGUUGAUGCUUUGAUGUUUGGCUCGUCCAUGACGAUUAUGAAUUUCUCGAAAGAGAGUGGGAGUGGCACAUCAUCCGCCACUCAUGUCACUUGUUAUGCGAUGGGACAAGAGGGUCAUCCGUCGAACAUACCUCUUGAUCGACCCGGCAUGAUUUUAUUUGCCAUGCUGAGUGGCGGAGACUACCUGCCAUCUGGCGUCGAAAAAUGCGGCAGUAAAGUUUCUGCGGAGAUAGCCCAAGCUGGAUUCGGCGAGGAUCUUCUCAAUGCGAUUGCUGUGGGCCCGAACAGUGACAAAGAGUUGAAGGAGUGGAGAGAACGACUUCAAUAUGAAUUGGACACGAACUAUAGCCGCUAUUUUACAUGCAAACAUCCAGCUAUCAAGAUUCCCGAAGACUUCCCCGAUCGAACAAUCCUCGAGUACUAUGCUCGGCCAAAGGUUUCCGGUGAUGGAGACAUGGCAUUUCUGAGAAACCGGCUCCAACAGGCGUGGGAUCAGGAUAUCGAUCCUCUGGCCAUUCGUGCUUUUGCAGCGAAUCACUUCGACUGGAACUAUCGGACUGGGGCAACGAAAGUGACCAAGUUGUUGGCUGAACCCCUUCUGUCAUAUCGACUACGCCUCCAGAGGCCAGUUAUGGGUGUUUCCUCCGGGUUUUCCUUUGUUCCUGAUGCCCCCCAAACUUGCCACAAGGUGUAUAAAAGCCGAUCGAGCUUCGCCACAGACGCAAUGCCAGAGCUUCAGCUCGAUAUGCUACCGGUGGAUGUCGUGGGCUUGGAUCUUCUUGGUGAAGAGCUUCCCCCGCCUGUAAACAUGGGCAGCGCGUCAUCUCAGAGUAUUCUGAAUGAAGAAGGAGAUGACGAGGACCCUGAUUUGGCUGAUUCAACGGCUCCCACAACACCCUCGAAGUCGCGAGUAACGAAGAGAUAUGACCCCUUUUCAGUGGGAAAGAUCUGGGUAUUCGAGACUGUUGCCAAAGUGGGUAUCCCUGAUGUUGUCGCCAAAUGGGAGAAAGAGAAAGCCGAUAAAGAAGCCGAGAAGGCUGAGAAGGCCAGGGCAGCUGCUGCAAGAAAGACAGGCAGUCGGCGAGCUGGUCCCAAGAAAAAGGGGCCUCUUGAUGCUGGGAUGAAGCAUGGGAGUAUCCUGAAAUACGGAACUCUUACAAAAGAAAAGCCUGAGUUAUCAACUGCCGAAAAGGCGCGCUUGCUAGACGCCGCCACGUCAAAAAAAACAUCCACAAAUCCCCUAUCCAGGCUCGUGGGGAAAUCUGAUUCUUCGCCAAUAGUACUGGACCAGGAGGAUGACCCCUUUGCUCCAAGUAUGUAUUCUCGACAAGUCGCGUCGCCGACCAUGAGAUACGUCUCACAGCAGGUGGACGAUCUACUCGAGAGCUUCAACUCGAUGUGCAACUUAUCUCCUACGUCGAACACUAAGCAACGACCACCCGCAGAUCAGGCCCUAGCUCGAUCGAGGACUCGCAUCGGGGUUACUGGUGGAGCCGAAAUCGAAGAAGCAGAAACAACCCUGGACAUACACGAUGUUCAAGCACCAUCAACAAAGCUCAAAGGGCUAAGAAUCAGUUACUCAAGCCCAGAGGCAUCAUUUGACGAGCAGUCAGACUUGAAUCUGCCGGCCCUGUUCUCUCGCACAAAAAAGCCACGCCCUAAGUCAAAGCAGGUUGCUGGAUCGAAAUUCGAGGAAGAAAGUGUUCAAGUCCAAGAUAUUGAAAAGGCGAUUGAGUCUCUUUCUCUAUCAACAUUGACGAAAGCUGAAACUGUUCAAGAAAAUAUCAAUCCUGUACAAGAACCGCGUCAGCCCAAGCCGAAAAAGAAAGUGCAAAAAAGCGAUCCCUGCAGUCCAUCCCCCAAUUCUCAAAUUGCGAAGGUAUCCAGCCCUUCCAAGACUGCGAAAGAUGGCCCUCAUGCCGCGCCAGAGCCAGAAAUACCUUCCCACCCCGGGAGCCGUGAAAUUGGCGAGCAUGCAGUAAUGCCGAGUGAUCAGACUUGUACCAAACGGAACAAACCGAAAUUGGCCAGCUCUUCAAGAGCCUCCCGGGUCAAGGCCCCACCAACGAGCCAAAAGUACGAGACCAAAGGUCAUCUGGAAAACAUCAUAAUACAAGAUGGUUCCUGGUCGAUCGACACAUCACCCUCCGAUGAGGUGACCCCUGCCAGCAGUCAAAACACGACACACAGGCAACCCCAAGGAAGCAAGAAGAAGCGCAUUGCGCGCGUGAGCAUUAUUGAUCUUGUUUGA